AUGAGUCUUAUCGAAGAGAGCACAAGGGGGGUUGAUGGUGAUGAUGGUGACUAUCUAAUAGAGUUCCCGGAGGGUGAUGACGAAGAUGAGGAUGAUGAUGAGGAUGCUAGUCUUGAUGAUGACGAUGACGAUUGUGGUGAUGACCCUAGGUCUAGCGUUAGAGAGGAUGCGAUGAGCAGCAAAACCGUUCCUAUAGAGGAAAUAGAAGCGGUGGAUUUGUCAAAAGUAAAUGCAGACAUAGAAGUAGAAGAAUCAAUGAUGAUUGUUGAUGAGAUUGGGUCAUUUGAUGCAAUUGAACUUUCAGCCCUGACAGCGAAGGACAUCCUGAAGACAGAGUUCAUAAAUUUACAGGAAACUUAUGACUACUACAAUGAAUACGGUCGCAUUAAAGGAUUUUCAGUGAGGAGGUCGAAGGUGGGUUGCAGAACAAAACAGGGGUCGGAGGGUGAAAGCAUUUGGCAAAUAUUCGUGUGCUCGAAGGAAGGAGAGCUAGAGGGAAAACACAUGCAGCCAGAAGACAGGAAGAUGGAUCCUCGACCUAUCAUACAGUACAGGUGUGAAGCUCGGAUAAAGGUGCAUGUUGAUGACACUAAUGGGCAAUGGUAUGUUGAACAAUUUUUUGAUAACCAUAAUCAUGCCAUGCUGGAUGUGAGGUUUAGGGGUUUGAUUCGGUCACACAGAUCAGUCAAGGAAGAAAACAAAAGGCAGGCUAGGACGACAAAUGCUGAGGAAGCAUUGAAAAUCUUGUCAGGUUUAAAGAGUACUGAUUGUGGAAUAUUCUGGAAGUACUCGUUGGAUGGUGACAAGAGGCUUCAAAAUCUCUUCUGGUGCAAAGAUGUGGACCAUUAUAUGAAGACGGUGGUGUUUAGUUACGCGAUUUUGAGCAACGAGAGUGAAGAAAGCUAUGUAUGGUUGUUGCGCUCAUUUCUUGAGGCAAUGAAAGGAAAACAGCCAAAAUCCAUGAUGACAGACCAGAAUCUUGCAAUGAAGAGUACGGUUAGUACAAUUUUUCCCAGUGCACAUCACAGGUUGUGUAGCUGGCAUUUGUUAAGGAAUGGCACUGCUAAUGUUGGACGGCAUGGGUUUCUUCAGAAUUUCCAUUUAUGCUUGAUGGGCGGUGAUCUAGAGGUUGACGAAUUUGAGAGAAUAUAG